UGGUGGUGGUGGUGGUGGUGGUGGUGGUGGUGGUGCUGUUGGUGGUGGUGGUGUUGGUGGUGGUGGUUGUGGUGGUGGUGUUGGGGUGGUGUGGGUGGCUGGGUUAGCAGGGAUGAGAGAGUCAGUGUUGGUCUGGACGUCGGAGGUGACGGAGUGGGAACAGUCUUCUACUGCUGCUGCUUCUGCUGCCGAGGCCCGGACCAUGUGAUGCUGCAACGCCUCUAAGUCAGUCAGUCGUCUUCUCUUCGUUGAUACGGUCGUAGUGAGGCAAUGUGAGCUUUUUUCCAAAGUGUCUUGAGGACAUAGCAUGGAACUUCCCACAGAUCCUCCCCACGUGUCGUAAAGACAUAACAAGGAGCCUCAUAGCUCCUUCCCACGUGUCUUGAAGACAGCAAGGAACCUCACACAGCUCCUCCCCAUGUGUCUUCAAGACAGCAAGGAACCUCACACAGCUCCUCCCCACGUGUCUCUAGUACUGAUACCACUACCAUCACCACCGUCCUACAUGUCUUGAAGAUCAAACACAAAGGAACUGGAAUGUAGCUCUUCGCGAAGUCCUUCUACAAACUGGUGGGAAAGGAAUCCAAUAAUCCAGGAGGAAAGGGCGUUCUCUUUAUUCAUUCCCAGCAAUGUUCACACACACUAUGAAGCCUCUCACUGUUACUCGGGGAGAUUAAUAUUGUCGGUGCGCCAAGAAUAUUGAACAGUGAUAUAAUACACAAUGUCUAAUGGAUCCUCCCGCUGGCGUGGCAGCUGUAACACUUCCAGGAAGUUAUUGUAACGUGAACACCGAACUAAGGAGCAGGAGGCGAGAGAGCGUUGGAGAUCAGACGGAAGUGUUGACGGAGGCGUGGACGGUGCCUGUGAACUUGAAAAGCGGAGCGUGGAGGUAGGGUGGGGAGCGUUCAAGCGUUGGAGUGUAGUUCAAGACAGGUCCUGUCGUUGGCGAGUCGUUGGAGUAGCGUAGACGGAGACUCCAGGCAAGGCAUUAAGGCAGUCAGAGAGAGGCUGUGGUGGUGGUGAAGGAGUGUGAAGGUCGAGGCGCUGGACAGAGCCACAGAACUGGAUUCCUUAGGUGCUGAAAGAUGAGGCUGGACCAAGCGGCGUCGGCUCCUCAGCGCCUUCUGCUGCUACUCCUUGGAUUGGCCGCUAGGGGCUGGGGCCUUCGUGUGUCCGGGGUGGUGGUACCGUCAGCUGUGGUGUCGGGUUCAUCAGUCCAACUCACGUGCAACUACGAGCACAACACAGACCGCCCCGACCCUCUCUACUCGGUCAAGUGGUACCGAGAUGUCAACCAGUUUUACGAGUACAUUCCUAAGAGAGACCCACCUAUCCGCAUCUAUCCGCUCCCUCACAUACACGUCGAUGAAAGUGGCAGCUCUGGGCCCAUGGUGAGGCUGACAGGAGUGACGAGAGCCACGUCUGGCAUCUUCCGCUGCGAGGUGAUGAGUGACAAGCCUUACUUUGAGACAGAUGAUCAUGCUGUUAACAUGACGGUCGUAGAUAUCCCCAGGUGGGGCCCAGAGAUUAAAGGGGAGGUCAAAAGCAGCACCCACGCCGUGCAGGACGCAGGCGUGGGCAUGGGCACGGGCACCAGCGUGGGCAUGCUGGAAGGGGCGCGAGUGAGGCCUGGAGAUGUGUUAGAAGCUAGCUGUCAGGUAGACCACUCAGACCCGCCAGCAGAGAUCACCUGGACGGUCAACUCGGCUACACCACCACUCAACACACACUUCCGUCGACCUCACAAGACAGACAGACGCGGCCGACGCAUCCAGGCCUUGGAGCUGGAGGCGGUGGUAGGAGAGGCGUGGUUCAUGAGAGGAGCCCUGGCCCUUGCCUGUCAUGCUCGUGUCUCCAGUGUCUUCCGUCAGUCUGCCAACGUCACCCUCAUCCACGCCGACCACCCGCAACCUGCGGGCUUCGGCUGGUUCUCUUCAGCAUCCUCGCAAUGGGUAUCUCUGGUAGUGAUGGUGGCCGCUGUAUUGCUGCCCAUAACGCUAGUGUGACGCAGAUGACGAUGUUUGGUGACGAUGCUGUGGCUGUGCUGUUGCUGUGGUGACGCUGUACUAACGUGACGCCCUUGUUAAUGGCGCUGUGAAGCUGUGAUUUCAGUCACAGUUUCUGGUGUAAUAACGCCAUCACCACGCUGUGGAAACUCUUUAAUUAUGCGUAUCUGACGCUGAUGUUACGCCUCUGUGGUGAUGUUACGCCCCUGUGGUGACGAGAACGUGACUGUUUGUGGUGAUAGUGUUUUUGCUGUUAGUGUGGUGAUAGUUGUGCUCCACUGUGAUGGUAAUGAUGUGUGUGACGCCUGAGACAGUGACGAUGUGCCUCAUUCAUUAUGCUGGUUGGCGUCACCUCCCUGCAUUAACAGCGUAACGCAGGUGCGAGGGGGAUAAUAUGACGGCUGUGAGGAGGAAUGCGACGCAGAGCGCUGUUCCACAGAUAUCAUAUGCGCUGACCUCCUGGACCAAAAAAACUUAUAUGUCAGGUCAACCGGUUCAAGCAGGGCGCGCACACACACACACACACACACACACACACACACACACACACACACACACACACCACCACA